AUGGAUUUUUUUUCUUUAAAAAUGAGGAAAACAAAAUGUAAAAGCUCUGGCUCCUCCACCUGUUCAGAGAUUAACGAAAACACGCAGAAGCUGAACCUGAAGCGUGAGAUUGGCUUGGUCAGUGCAGUGUCCCUGUUAGCAGGCACCAUGAUCGGGUCAGGAAUAUUCAUGUCUCCUCAAUGGGUUCUGUACCACAUUGGAAGCCCUGGGGGGAGCCUGAUAAUCUGGGCUGCUUGUGGGUUACUGGCUAUGCUGGGCUCCCUCUCCUACGCAGAACUCGGGACAGUCAUCAAGGAAUCUGGUGGAGACUAUAUCUACAUUCUGAGAACUUCUGGACCACUUCCAGCCUUCCUCCUAGCCUUCACAUCUAUGCUGGUGGUGAGGCCAGCUAGCAUUGCAGGUAUUGCUCUGAGCUUCGCAGAGUAUGCAGUGGCUCCUUUUUAUCAGGGGUGCCCCCUGCCUGAGCUGGUGGUGAAGUUUGUUGCAGCCUCUUGCAUUUUGUUGUUAGCUAUUGCCAACUGCCUCAAUGUCCGAUGGUCAAUGUCCAUUCAGGUCUUCUUCAUGGCUGCCAAAUUAAUUUCCCUGGUGGUGAUUAUCAUCGGAGGAGUGGUAAUGCUCAUCAACGGCCACACUUCCAGCUUUCAGAAUGCGUUUCAAGGCACCAUAGUCGGGAUUAACCCAAUUGGAAUUGCCUUUUAUCAAGGACUGUGGUCUUAUGAUGGAUGGAACAAUUUGAAUUAUGUGACUGAAGAACUGAAACGUCCUGAAGUGAACUUGCCCAGAGCUAUCAUGAUCGCCAUCCCACUGGUCACCGUGCUGUACCUGCUGGUAAACAUCAGCUACCUGGCAGUCAUGACCCCAACAGAACUGAUGUCAUCAAGUGCUGUGGCUGCGACAUGGGGGAACAAAGUCCUUGGUAGUUGGUCUUGGUUGAUGUCAGUAGCUGCUGCUCUCUCCUCCUUUGGGUCCCUCAAUGGUACUUUCUUUAGUGGUGGUCGUGUGUGCUACGUGGCAGCUCGAGAAGGCCACAUGCCAGAUAUUCUAUCCAUGGCUCAUGUUCGACGCCUCACUCCGUCCCCUGCUCUGAUAUUCACUACAGCAUUAUCAUUACUGGUCUUAAUACCAGGGAACUUCAAGUCCAUCGUCAACUUUUUCAGCUUCACUGCAUGGUUCUUUUAUGCCAUUACAUUAUCUGGCUUGCUGUAUUUGAAGCUUAAGAAACGGCACCUUCCUAAUUCCUAUGAGGUCCCAAUCGUCAUUCCAAUCAUCGUGAUAAUCGCUGCAGUUUUCCUGGUUCUGGCCCCCAUCAUUGACGAUCCUAAGAUUGAAUACUUGUAUGUUUCCCUGUUUAUUCUGAGUGGUGUCAUGUUUUACAUUCCCUUUGUACACUUUAAGCUGUGCCCAAACCUCUUGACCAAAGCAACUGUGUUUUUGCAGCUUUUUCUAGAAGUUGCUCCAACUGAAAAAAACACAGACUAAAAUGUGGAAAUUCAGAGUCUCUGAAAUCAGACCAGUCAUGUUGCUCUGCUAUAUUGAAAAACCUUUACCUGAACAGCAGCAAUUCAUAGUGACCAUAUAACUUUACAUCUACACAAGCUCAUUGAAAAGGUGAGCACCAAGUAGGUGCAUAAAUAAUAAAGCUCUAUUGUUUUUAUAGUAUAUGUUAUAAUUUUGUCACAAAUAAUUUUAUCCGUAGCUUAUGUACUGCAAAGCCACAUGACAUAACACAUGGUUCAGGUUCAUGCCUAAUAAUAGUUCUCAACUUUAAAAAAAAAAAAACCAUAAUCAUGAUACUGGUCCAUUAACUGUCAUCACGGUUACCAAAUUCUCUGUGAACACACCCUGGAAACUCAAAAGCAAAUCAAUGGAAAGACCCACCCCAGCUCCCUAUACCACUGUGUGUGCACCACUGUCUAUUUCUUUUAAUUGGGAGGAUUAAUGAUGCCUGUGGUUUACUGUUGAAACUAAGCACACACACAAAUACUAAAGGGCUUAAUUAACACAUGAACAUAUUGAUUUGAUCAUUUAAUCGUGAAGAAAACAUAAAUAUACAUUGUUUACAUUACAGAAAAACAUUA